AAAUUCCAAAAAAAGAAGAAAAAAAGUAAAAAAAAAAAAUUGACAAGAAAAAAAGAGAGAGAAAGAGAAUCAAUGUAUGCAAUGUUGGGUUGGAGGAGUGGCGAAGAUUGAGGAGGAAGGAAGUGUAUAUGGGUGGUGGAGGUACACUCGUUCAUGCCAUUCGUCGAUUCUUUAAUCGUACCAUUUCUAUUAACUCUCAUUCACAUCAUCACAACAAUGCCAAUCACCCUCUUCAUUCAAACAAUGAUUCCAACAACAAUUACAACGACCCUUCUUCUUUAAAUCUUCUCAAAGUUCCCACACGUUCACUUUUCAUACCUUCUUCCAUGGAUCGUCUCAAAAAGGGUGCAGGAGAGGUAGAAUUUUUUACCGAGUAUGGAGAGGCAAGUCGGUACCAAGUCCAAGAAGUGGUUGGAAAAGGAAGUUACGGUGUAGUGGUUUCUGCCGUGGAUACUAUUUCUGGGGAAAAAGUUGCAAUUAAAAAAAUCAAUGAUGUUUUUGAGCAUGUAUCGGAUGCCACACGGAUACUAAGAGAAAUUAAACUCCUUCGUUUGCUACGACAUCCUGAUAUAGUAGAAAUUAAACAUAUAAUGCUUCCUCCUUCACGAAGAGAGUUCAAGGAUGUCUAUGUCGUGUUUGAGUUAAUGGAGUCUGACCUUCAUCAAGUAAUUAAAGCAAAUGACGAUCUUACUCCUGAGCACUAUCAAUUUUUCUUGUACCAACUUCUUCGGGGCCUGAAAUAUACACAUACAGCGAAUGUGUUUCACCGUGAUUUGAAGCCAAAAAAUAUUCUAGCUAAUGCUGAUUGCAAACUAAAAAUAUGUGAUUUUGGGCUUGCUCGUGUUUCAUUCAAUGAUGCUCCGUCAGCUAUAUUCUGGACCGACUAUGUUGCGACUCGGUGGUAUCGUGCACCUGAACUAUGUGGUUCUUUUUUCUCAAAAUAUACUCCAGCGAUUGAUAUUUGGAGCAUUGGAUGCAUAUUUGCAGAAAUGCUUAGUGGCAAGCCAUUGUUUCCUGGGAAAAAUGUGGUGCACCAGUUAGACCUCAUGACUGAUUUGCUUGGUACUCCUCCUACUGAAUCCAUUUCAAAGAUUCGAAACGAGAAAGCUAGAAGGUACCUUAGUAGCAUGCGAAAAAAGCAACCAGUUCCAUUCACCAAAAAAUUUCCAAAUGUAGAUCCAUUGGCUCUUAAUUUGCUGGAGCGUUUACUUGCAUUUGACCCUAAAGAUCGUCCUACAGCUGAAGAGGCACUAUCUGAUCCCUACUUUCACGGUUUGUCAAAUGUUGACCGUGAACCAUCCACUCAAGCAAUUUCAAAACUUGAGUUUGAAUUUGAGAGAAGAAAAUUGACCAAAGAUGAUGUUAGAGAACUGAUUUAUCGAGAGAUUUUAGAGUAUCAUCCUCAGAUGCUCCAAGAAUAUCUUAGUGGUGGAGAUCAAACAAGCUUCAUGUAUCCAAGUGGGGUUGAUCGGUUCAAACGACAGUUUGCACAUCUUGAAGACAAUUAUGGGAAAGGUGAACGAGGCUCUCCAUUGCUGAGACAACAUGCCUCCUUACCGAGAGAGCGGGUUCUUGCUCCCAAGGAUGAGAAUAAUCAAAAUAAUGAUUGUGAAAAGCCAGCCGGAUUAAAUCUUCAUAGCCCUCCUGGUGCAACAAAUUCAGGUGAUGCAGAUGCACAAAAUGGACCGUCAAACAUGACACGAUGUCUGUUGAAGAGUGCCAGCAUUAGUGGUUCAAAAUGUAUAGAUGUCAAAAAAAGUAAAGAUCCCGAGGAGGAGGCAAUUCCAGAGGCCAAUGAUGAAGCGGUGGACGAGUUGACGGAGAAAGUUGCUGCUGCUCUCCAUGCUUAGUUCAAUAUUUUGAUCCAGCUUUCAUAGAGAUUGUAAAGACCUAAUUCAAUCCUACUUCUUUUUCCACAAAAAGAGAGAACAAAUAGUUGCUGCAUAGAAAUCCUACAAUUUUUUCAUAGUAGAAGAUAACUAUAGGACCACAUUGUUUUAAUCUACCAUUUUGUAUCAUUCACCACAAGUCAUGUAAGUAUGUAUUUUGUAUAAUAUUACUCGUUACUACACCACAUUGUAUAUUGGUAUUCAGUAUUCAUUCUCAAUCCUCAAGCAGGGAUGGUCCUAGUUGCAAAUGUUAUUAGUGAAAAAUGAUAACAUUGCUCUGUAUUAAUUAACAAUUAUCUUUUGCAUUCAAUUUUUGAACAGUGUAA